AUGGCUUUGAAUCAGUACCCUGCCCCAGUUGAUUACAACGGGCAGCUCGAGGCCUUCAAGGAUUUCCUCAAACAUUUCAAAAGCUUUGAGUCAGCCUCUGCUUCGGCCGCAACAGAAGCUAUCGAGGACCUCCACAUUGACGAAGAUGGCACUAGCGAUGAAUAUGAUUUUAUGGACGACGCUGAUGAGAGCGGAGCGCAAAGCAGAGGAGGGCGCCGCCGCAACAAGGAGCCCAAACUCAAGUACAUGCAGAUGCUACAGGACGUAGCCGACCGAGAACGCUCCGACGUUCUUAUUGAGCUGGAUGACUUGGUUACUUACGAGCGAUCGCUCCCAGAAGAAGUCGACUUGAAGCUUGCCCUGUCCGUGCAGAGAAACACCAAGCGCUAUAUCGAGGUCAUAUCUCAGGCAGUGGAUGCCGUUAUGCCGAAAGAAACAAAAGAAGUCUCGUUCAAGGAUGAUGUCCUCGAUGUGAUCAUGUCCCAGCGUGAGAAGCGUAACGAUGCGAUGAUGAUGGCUGCCGAAGCCGACCCCGAAGCCGCUAUUGAUCCCUCAAUGUUCCCUCCGGAGCUUACUCGUCGAUAUGUCCUUAACUUCAAGCCCCUCACUCCCUCAGGGUCCAGUAGCGAACGUGCUUCAAAGGCGCUGGCUGUGCGCAAUGUGCGCGCAGAGCAUCUUGGUAGCCUUAUUACAGUCCGCGGUAUCACCACUCGAGUGUCGGACGUCAAACCAGCUGUUCAGAUCAAUGCUUACACUUGUGACCGUUGCGGAAACGAGGUGUUCCAGCCCGUUACGACAAAGCAGUUUACCCCCAUGUCCGAGUGUCCUUCGAAGGAGUGCAAGGAGAACAACACCAAGGGUCAGCUCUUCCUCUCUACGAGGGCGUCAAAGUUCGUUCCUUUCCAAGAAGUCAAGAUUCAAGAGAUGGCGGAUCAAGUACCUGUCGGCCACAUCCCACGGACCAUGACCGUUAACUGCACCGGAACCCUUACGCGGCAGCUCAACCCGGGUGAUCUUGUGGAUAUCGCCGGUAUCUUCCUUCCUACACCUUACACCGGUUUCAGAGCAAUCCGCGCGGGGCUGCUCACAGACACAUACCUCGAAGCCCAGCACAUUACCCACCACAAGAAGUCUUAUACCGACAUUGGCAUGGACAGCCGAACCCUGCGCAAGAUUGAGCAGUACCAGCAAUCCGGCAACAUGUACGAAUAUCUUGCACGAUCGAUCGCACCUGAAAUCUACGGCCAUCUGGAUGUCAAGAAGGCGCUGCUACUUCUCCUCAUCGGCGGUGUCACAAAGGAGAUGGGUGAUGGUAUGCACAUUCGUGGUGAUAUCAACAUCUGCCUGAUGGGUGACCCUGGAGUCGCCAAAUCGCAGUUACUCAAGUAUAUUGCCAAGGUUGCACCGCGAGGUGUGUACACAACAGGUCGUGGUAGCAGUGGUGUCGGUCUCACAGCCGCUGUUAUGCGUGAUCCUGUGACGGACGAAAUGGUGCUUGAGGGUGGUGCUCUUGUGUUGGCAGACAACGGCAUCUGCUGUAUUGAUGAGUUCGAUAAGAUGGAGGACGGAGACCGAACUGCCAUUCAUGAAGUCAUGGAACAACAGACCAUCUCUAUUUCCAAGGCCGGAAUUACUACUACCCUGAACGCUCGUACCUCAAUCCUCGCCGCCGCCAACCCGUUGUACGGUCGGUACAACCCCCGACUCUCACCCGUCGAGAACAUCAACCUGCCAGCAGCGCUGCUUUCUCGUUUCGAUGUCAUGUUCCUCAUCCUCGACACUCCCUCCCGCGAUGCAGACGAGGAGCUGGCCAGCCACGUCGCCUACGUCCACAUGCACAACAAGCACCCUGAAAGUGAAGAUGCAGGCAUCAUGUUCUCACCUCAUGAGGUUCGCCAGUACAUUGCCAAGGCACGAACGUACCGACCUGUCGUUCCCUCCAAGGUCUCGGACUACAUGGUUCAAGCCUACGUGAAUAUGAGAAAGCGCCAGAAGCGCGACGAAGCAAACAAGAAGCAGUUCUCUCACAUCACCCCGCGUACCCUUCUUGGAGUUGUCCGUGUUUCCCAGGCGCUUGCGCGACUUCGAUUCAGUGAAGUUGUCGUUGAAGAGGAUGUCGACGAGGCCCUGCGUCUGAUUGAAGUCAGUAGGGCAUCCUUGACCAACGACGGCCAGUCACACCUCGACCAGAGCCCCACAUCCAAGAUCUACAACCUCAUCCGUGGCCUUCAUGAGAGCGGCGCGGCUGCCGUGGGAGAUGGCGAAGAGGGCGAGCUCAGCAUGAGGAGAAUCAGGGAGCGAGUCCUAGCCAAGGGCUUCACUGAGGAUCAGCUCACGAUGGCGAUUGACGAGUAUGAGAACUCUCACGUCUGGCAAGUCAUCGCCAAUGGCACGCGUCUUGUCUUCCUUGACAACGUCGAUGACAUGGACAUUUAA